AGCACGCAAUGCUUGUAAGUAGGAAAGAAUGACUUCAAUGCGAAUCGCUGUGUAUCUGAGAGGCGCACGAGUAGCAGCACUUUCUUCGAUGGCAUUAUUGUUCUUCGGUGUCUCGGCGCGAGGAGGUGCGAGCGAUUUUACGUACGUUAUCACAAGCACUAGCUGAUUUAUCUGCUGUCAUCGAGAAACGAAAUCAAUUUAAAUAUUCCACGAAGUGAUGCAGUUCAGACCGUUAACAAUUCGGUUAUUUAUGCUCUUGUCGACUGGUUUCGUGUAUGCUGAUAUUAGCAAUUGGGAUGCAUGUAGUGGACGAUUGGAGCGUGCUUUGGACGCAAUUCAGAGAGAUUCUACCAAAAGAAACAAAUUGGACGAAGAGAAGACUGGAACAUUGUACCAGCGGGAACUACGUUCUAUUCCCCUAGAAAUGUCUGUUUCCCGUAUGACUAUAAAGUUCCUGGAGAACACAAAAAAGGCGGGAGGCCAUUGGGCGCGAGUUGAACAAUGUGUGUAUGAGCCCGAUAACAAUUCUCUGAAAACACGCGUUAUAUUUAAUGAUCUGUCAGUGUCCGCGACAGUAUCUUUAAUGCCACGAGAUUAUCAUGCUCCAAUUUCCGCCGAAUCCUGUAGAAUGACAUUACGGUUGAGACGAGCAGGAAUAGACUUUCUUACGAGUCCGAUCGCCCGUGGACGCGGCCAGAUGCGUAUACGUACAGAAUCCAGUUUCUUGGAACCUAGAUUCGCCUCGAUCUAUGCAUACGGCUGUCAUCCUACGCGCCUCAACAAACAAAUUAAACGACAGGAUAAAUGGCCACCAUACUAUAAUUCAGGCAAUGAUAAGGUAACACCGACACCCUUGUUACCUAUGAAUGAAAAGUACGAUGCGGCAGAACCGAGAAAAUUAGCGGAAAUCACUGAAGAAACGGACGUUGUUAUAUCCAAUGAGAGUCGACAUCCACGUUACUCGCAUGCUCAUGAGACAAAUUUCGGCGUAUGGAAGAAGAAUUCGUGGAUUACUAAAUCACUAUUACGCCAAAGACGUUCGACGACGACUCAACAUCAAUUCGGGCGCAUCGCGAUGAUUAUUACACCGCAAGACUUCGCAGACACUGUCGUGAAUGAACGCGAACAAACGGAAAAGUUUGUAAACUUCACCAACAUUCUUAAUUCAACCAACAACAUUCAAAACAAAGAUCCGUCGCAAAAUAUAUCCCGGGAAGUAAGAGAAUUCGUAGCAGAUGACAAUUUCGAUAAUCUAUUUUCUAUCGAUUCGGAAGAUCCGAAUAGGAAUUGGCAAUCGAAAGAAUAUAUUACGAGGGAAAUGGAAGAUGUGUUUUUACAAGGUGCUAGUCAAGUAUUGACUAGAUAUAUCGAAAAUCAAUUGCAUCCGGCGAUUAAAGAGACACUGAUGUUGUCUAUGGGUUACACUAUUAGUUACGGAUAGAUACAGAAGAAAGACUAUUACUCUAUACAAGAUUGUAAUUGUAUGUAUAUGUGUGUGUGGGUAUGUGUAUAUGUGGCUAAAUGUACAGAAUUUUUAAUAAAUAAUGAG